CAUGACUUUUCAGAAACAGCAACUGUGAUUAUUUAGCCCAUUUGAAAAUUUUUAUUUUUGAAAAUUAAUUUUACUGUUAUUUCUAUUUUUUGCAGUACAACUAUGAAUUUUAUAGAAAUAAACAUUUUAAAACUUAUAUUAUUAUGUCAUAUUUUUUCUAUAUUAAUUAUACAUACAUAUAUUUAUUUUUAUGUUUUUGAAUGGCAUAUAUAUUUAAUUUAACUAUAACUAUUAUGGUGUAUAAGCAAUAAACAUAAGUAACCAGUAUAGAAAAUUAUAAAGAUACUAUUGAAAUCAAAAUCGUAACCGUGUCACGAAUUUUGACGCAUGAUUCAGUGAGUUGAAAAUCAGCUUCUGGAGUGGUCGUCGCCAAGUCUAUUUAACUGAAAACAAUUUUAAGAAUCCAUCUCCAUUCAAAACUCAAAGGGGAGUUUGGUUUAUGAGCGAAAAUGUCGGAUUCACAGUCGCAGUCGAACCUGACGACGGCGAAGAACAUGCUCUCCGCCGUGGGGUCGGUGGCGGCCACCAUAAUGGUGGUGCGCGGCGUGGCCCAAGAGUUCCUCCCCGCGGAAUUCUAUGACUACAUCUUCUCCGGCGUCCGCGGCUUCUUGAGCCGCUUCUCGAACCAGCUGACUAUGGUGAUCGAGGAGUUCGAGGGGCUCGACGCCAACGAAAUCUACGCCGCCGCGGAUGCGUAUCUGGGCCCCAAAGUGAGCCCUAAUACCCGGCGGCUGAAGAUCAGCAAGCCGGAAAAGGAGAAACACUUGAACAUGAGCAUGGAGCGCGACGAGGAGGUGGUGGACUUGUACAAGGGCCACAAAUUCAAAUGGGUGUGGGUUUGCCGACGAAUCGAAUCCCACGGUUUCUACAACCCCAGAGACAUGAACUCCACGCUAAGAUCGGAGGUCAGAUCCUUCGAGCUCACCUUCCACAAGAGAAACAGAGAAAUGGUGAUCCACUCCUACCUUCCCCACAUCGCAAACGAGGCCAAGAUGAGGAAACAAGAAAACAAAACCAUCAAGAUCUUCACGGUGGAUUACGAGAAUAUGUACAACAUCAACGAUAUGUGGAAGCCCGUGACGCUGGAUCACCCUGCUACAUUCGCCACUCUGGCCAUGGAUGCCCAUCAGAAAGAUGUGAUUUUGAAGGAUGUGGACAGAUUUCUGCAGCGGAGGGACUAUUAUCGCAAGGUCGGCAAGGCCUGGAAGAGAGGCUAUCUGCUCUAUGGCCCGCCGGGGACUGGCAAAUCCAGCUUCAUUGCCGCCAUGGCCAAUUAUUUGAACUUUGAUGUCUACGAUUUGGAGCUCACGGAGCUGCGCCAGAACUCUGAUCUGCGGAAGCUGCUGCUCGCCACCGCCAAUAAGUCCAUUUUGGUGGUCGAGGAUAUCGAUUGCACCAUUGAUUUGCAGGACAAGCUUGCCACCAGGGAUCAAACUUCUUUUCCCGGAUUCAAUAACCAGGAACAAAAUAAGGUGACACUUUCUGGUCUGCUCAAUUUCGUGGAUGGCUUAUGGUCAAGCUGUGGCGACGAGAGGAUCAUAAUCUUCACGACAAACCACAUAGAAAAGCUCGAUCCAGCACUGCUCCGACCAGGCCGAAUGGACGUGCACAUCAACAUGUCAUACUGCACCCCUUGUGGAUUCAGACUGCUGGCUUCUAACUAUCUGGAGAUUAAGGAGCAUCCCAUGUUUGAAGAGAUCGAAGACUUACUCCAAAAUGCGAAAGCAACGCCAGCUGAAGUGGCGGAGCAGCUGCUCAAGGAGGAUGAACCUCAUGAUUCUCUGCAAGGCUUGAUCGAUUUCCUGCACAAGAAGAUGAGAGAGAACGAGGAGGGCGAGGCAGAAAAGGCAAAAGCCGCAGCAGAGAAGCAAGAGGAGGAGAAGAAGGAAGAAUGAAAACAUCUUUACUAAUAUAGUAUCACAAAAUUAAUUCACAUGUAUAAGAGUUGCAGACAAUAUGGAAAAUAUCAAACAUGAGAAUAGAAUCUCAUAUAUUACUCUGUAACUCAAACAAAUACUUGUAUUAACACACAGAAAUGUUAGAAUGCAUUGUUUUGUC